CUUGAAUAUUUUUAUGAACCUCCAGGAGCAUAUUUAUGAAUUUUAUUUUGAAAUCUCUUUCAGGAAGAUUGGAUUCAAUGAGUUUUGAAGAUGUAGCUAUAAACUUCAGCCUGGAGGAGUGGGCACUGCUGGAUCCUUCUCAGAAGAAACUUUACAGAGAUGUGAUGCGGGAAACAUUGAGGAACCUGGCCUCAGUAGGGAAAAAAUGGGAAGACUGUAACAUUGAAGAUCAGUACAAAGAGCAGGGAAGAAAUCUAAGAAGUCGUAUAGUAGAGAGACUCUGUGAAAAUAAAGAAAGUAGUCAACAUGGAGAAAACUUCAGCCAGAUUCCAAAUCAUAAUUUAAACAAGAAAACUUCUGAAGUAGUAAAACCAUGGGAGUGCAAUAUGUGUGGAAAAGCCUUCAUGCGGCAUUCAUCCCUUAAUAGGCACAAAAGAUCUCACACUCUGCCCAAACCAUACAAGUAUCAGGAAUAUGGAAAGAAGCCUUAUAAAUGUAAGGAAUGUGGAAAAGCCUUCAGUUAUCUCCAGCCUUUUCAAAAACAUGAAAGAAAUCACAGUAUAGAGAAAUCCUACAAAUGUAAGGAAUGUGGGAAAUCUUUUAGGUAUCGCCAAUCUGUUAGAAAACAUGAAAGGACUCACACUGGAGAGAAACCCUAUCAGUGUAAACAAUGUGGAAAAGCCUUUAGAUAUCAUCAAACUUUUCAAACACAUGAAAGAACUCACACAGGAGAGAAGCCCUAUGAGUGUAAGCUCUGUGGUAAAGCCCUCAGUUGUCCCAGUUCCUUUCGAAGUCAUGAAAGAACUCACACUGGAGAAAAACCGUACGAGUGUAAAAAGUGCAGUAAAGCCUUCAGUUGCCCCAGUUCUCUUCGAAAACAUGAAAGAACUCAUACUGGAGAGAAACCCUAUGACUGUAAAGAAUGUGGGAAAGCCUUCAUUUCUCUCGGAAGUUUUCAAAGACAUAUGAUAACGCACACUGGAGUUGGACCUUAUAAAUGUAAGGAAUGUGGGAAAGCAUUCAAUUGUCCCAGUUCAUAUCGAAUACAUGAAAGAUCUCACACUGGAGAAAAACCCUAUGAAUGUAAGCAAUGUGGUAGAGCCUUCAGUUGUUCCAGUUCCUUUCGAACACAUGAAAGAACUCACACUGGAGAAAAACCCUACCAAUGUAAGGAAUGUGGAAAACCCUUCCAUUGGCUCACUACUUUUCAAGUCCAUGUGCGAACUCACACUGGAGAGAAACCCUAUAUAUGCAAGCAGUGUGGUAAAGCCCUCAGUUGUCCCACUUCUUUUCGAAGACAUGAAAGGACUCACACUGCUGAGAAACCCUAUGAAUGUAAACAGUGUGGGAAAACCUUCAGUUCUCCCCUAGGUUUGCAAAUACAUGGAAGAACUCACACUGGAGAGAAACCCUACAAAUGUGAGGAAUGUGGGAAAGCAUUCGUUUCUCUCACCAGUUUCCGAAGACACAUGAUGACACACACUGGAGAUGGACCUUAUAAAUGUAAGGAAUGUGGGAAAGCAUUUAAUUGUCCCAGUGCAUUUCGAAUACAUGAAAGAACUCAUACAGGGGAGAAACCCUAUGAAUGUAAAAUAUGUGGUAAAGCCUUCAGUUGUUCCAGUUAUGUUCAAGUACAUGAAAGAACUCAUACUGGGGAGAAACCCUAUGAAUGUAAGGAGUGUGGGAAAGCCUUCAUUUAUCGCACAACCUUUCGAGGACACAUGAGAAUGCACACUGGAGAGAAGCCCUAUAAAUGUAAAGAUUGUGGGAAAGCCUUUAGUCGACCCAGUUCAUUUAGAAGCCAUGAAAGAAUUCACACUGGAGAGAAACUUCUUGAAUAUAAUAAGACUUUAACAGAAGAGACCUGUAAUCAGACAAAAAAAAAAAAAAAGAAAAGAAAAAUUGGAGAUGGCUGUCCUGGAAUGCGUUACGUCAGUAUGGGUAAUGUGACCAACAUUUUCUAGAGCCUAUUCUCUUUAUAGUUCCAUUUUCAAACUCACCAGGAGCCUCACCUGCAUGAGUUUGGCAGGCAAAAGCAAAGAAGGCCUUAAUUUUUGGAAGCAUGGUACAGAGAUAAAUGCACAGGAGUUUCACAUAUAUCCUUCUUCCAGCCCAUUUUCCUGAUUCUUUGCCCUGCCAGUCAAGAAUAUCAUCAGUACCACUACCAACUACUUGACUUCCACUUUCUCAAGAGUUGUAAGUUUCCACAGAUACCUCCUCAAGUCCCACAGCAAAGAUGCAACACAGUUUGGAUUUUCCUGCAGGCCAUCAUGUGUCCAUCAGGCAACACAUAUGACUGCUAAUGUUCUCUGAAGCGGUGAACCCCACAUCUCUAGGUUGUAUUCAUAUAAGAUGUAAUUUGUGUAGUAAAUACCUUGUUCUGUUAAUAUUGCUAGUGAGUGUGUUCCUGACCCCACCAGCAUAGCUACAAUGCUGCAGUCAAAAGGAACCAUGGUGUAGCUUGUUCCUCUUCUUUGCUGUGACGUCUGUGACCCAGGCUUCCAUGUGAGAAUAAGCACCUUCUUCAUAUCAAGCAGAUUGUGGGUAUUUAUGAUUUCAUCAAAGCUAAAAAUUCCUCAGUACACUUUCAAUUAUGUUGUAUGUGAUUAAAAAGUUCAUAUUUUUGUCAAAUGCUUAUGUAGAUGUUGCUAGAUAUGUUUUAUUAGCUGUUCCAGAUACUGUAUACUAACAAAUGUUAAUUUUUGCAUUUCCUGAUAAGGUAUAUUAAAAUAUCACAUUGUAAUUGUGGAUUUUCAGAUCAACUUAUGAUUUUAUCACAUCAGUCAAUAUAAAUUCUGAGUUAAUAAUCA